UCAAGUCACGUCCGUCUUGUUUCUUCCAUCUAAUCUACAAGAAGCUCUCAUUCCAGAAGCAACGAACACACUCCAUCUCUCCUCUCUCAUUUCCCAAACACAUCCGAUCUCUCUCCUUCAUUCCACAGCUCUGUAUUACACCCUCAGAAGCACGCUCGUGUUGUUUGUCUCAUCAACUCUACAGAAGUCUCUCUUCCAAGUGACACACAAACGGUCUUCACUCCUCGUCUCCUGUUGUGUCAGGAAGACUUUGAAUCUCUCACUUCAUCUGGGAACACGCUACAGAAAAAGCGUUCUUCUUUCUAUCUAUUCCCCUGAUUAUCUCCUGUCGGAAAGGUUAAGCAUCUCUGUAAGCAUGUCGUCAUCGUCGAAGAAGGUUACCUUUCGUGAUCCCCUUGAGGAUGCUCCGUUUGAGAGCGCUGGGGCUGAGUACCGCGAUGAUGGUCGUCAUAAUACUAAAGGAGCCACAAGAAGUGGUCAGCCACGCAGCAGAGAUGUCACACACAUUCAGACAUCCUAUUCUUCUCCCCCACAUGACCACAACCUCAGCGAGAGUGAAGAACCCGUCGAGCCGCGCACCAUCUAUGAGGGCGAAUAUCGGACUCCUUUCUCGCAGCGCGUAACGCGACUGCCACACGGCCCAACCCUGAGAAUAGCGUCUGCGGCCGAAGAGAUAAUAAUGGGGACGUCAUCCCUUCAAGCGCUAAAUGAACUCCCCUUGCAUGGAGAGCGCGGGGCGACGUCCCCAGCCGAACACGAUAGUCGCGGCAAUCAUACGACCUUGGAUGAGACCAUCCAUCUCACUCCAACACCCAACGCCCGGAAAGCCUUCAGCCUCCGCGGCAUCAUCCAGAAGGCCCGGGCGGCGCGGAAAAAAAGUCGUAUUGAGGCCACGACUAUCACAGAAAAAGAUCGGGUCCCGGGGACCGCGAGACCGAUCAAAAAAUCGAAAUCGAAAGGCAACAUCGGCGGUGUUGAAAAGACGGCCAUAAAAAGCAUGGCAAAGGCCACAAUCAACUUUAGCAAGCCCAACACACGCAGCCAGAUGACUUCUCUUGGGGCUAUAUCAAACCCGACGCCUUUGCCAACUCCCUCGUUGUUGCAGCAACUAGAGAGGAAGCACAUCGAAAUUGGCCCCAGCCAAGACCUGCCUGCCCCAGCCCGGGGUCGGCAGGCAGUGUCGACACUAGUCAAGGCCGCCAGUUCGGACUCGCUAAGGUGCCAUGUUGGGACAACAUCCUUCAAAAGUCCACACCGCGCGAGUGCCGUGACCGGGCACCGGGACACUCAUACCGCGCCAAUUUCUGCUCCGUCUCGUCCAACGGGACUUCGCAAACCAGAAGGCCACCCAACCAGAGAUGCAUCUGUCCAGACCGAACCACCUGCCCGUGGUUCGGUCUGGACUUGCGAUGCACAAUUCGAUAUUCUCGGUGAGGCCGUUUGCAGAAAGGUCCGACAAGCGGAGACAGCUGCGCAGAGAGACCGGUACCUCCAAAUGGCACUUGAAGUGCAGAAACUCCUCAGCGACUACAAGAGAUCGGGGGAAGCGGUCGAGGAGACUUCCAAGUCGCUCGACGAGAAGAUCGCUCAGAAGGAGUCGAUCGAGGCUGAGCUUCGGGCUCGCUCCUCACAGCUCCGAUCCAUGAUGGAGUUGUAGAUAGUUUCUGUUUUCUGUUGGUCAGCGCUGCCUGUGAACUAAGUGAGGAUAUGUCAAGUUCGGUUUCACUUACCCUUUGUGGUCCUGU